AUGGGAAUGCUUGACCUUGCAAAGAAAAGAUUGCAAAUGAUGAGAGAAACUGAAUGGAACUCUUUGUUGGAAGAGGUGUGCUCAUUUUGUAGUAAACAUGAUAUUCCAGUUCCCAAAAUGGAUGAAGACUAUACUCUAGGAAAGUCGAAGCGUAAGAGUUUCGGAGUUUCAUAUUUACAUCACUUUCGUGUGGAAGUGUUUCAUACGGUUAUUGAUUUGGAAUUUCAAGAGCUUAAUGAUCGUUUUGAUGUUGUGACUACUGACUUACUACUUGGUAUGGCCAGUUUGAGUCCGGUUGAUUCAUUUUCUAAUUUUGAUAAGGACAAGAUAAUGAAGUUAGCAGAGUAUUAUUCAAGUGAAUUUGGUGAUAACAAGCUUCGAGAACUCGAUUUCCAACUUGAUAGUUUCAUUGUCUAUGCUCAAAAGUGUGAUAGCAGAUUUCUUAACCUGAAGGGGAUUAAGGAUUUUGCUAGAGUGAUGAUAGAGACAAAACUGGAUCUUACUUGGCCACUUAUUUAUUUGCUUGUGAAGUUGACUUUGCUUAUACCUGUUGCUACCGCAAGCGUGGAAAGAGCAUUCUCAUCAAUAAAGUACAUCAAAAAUGAUCUACGAAAUAGGAUGGAUGAUGAUUUUCUAAAUGAUUGUUUAGUUUGCUAUAUAGAACGUAAGAUAUUUAAAACU